CAUGUGGAUGGAGCCGCCAUUGUUGCACCUGGAGAGAGCUCCCGCAACCGGCUCCGUCGACGAAAGCUUCCGCCAAAUCCCUAAAGACGUUGCUGCCGCUUCCUCGAGGAGAAGCGGUCCCGCCGGAGCUCCGUCGCGGAAGGGCCGCUUCUUCGCCUCGGAAUUCCCGGACCGGACCUCGUUCUGCGAUUCUUCGUCCCGUCGAGAUCUCAACGAGCGCGAGAAGGAAGCUUUUUGUCCGCAUUCUCCCUCUCUCUCUCUUGGAGUCUUCGCCCUCCGGGGUUCGUUCUCCAUUUUCAGAAUAUUUCCUUUCGGUCAAAAGCCCGAAGAGGACGGCCGGACCGCGCGGCGCGAGUUGCGCGCGUGACACGGCGGCGUCGGCGUUCCUUCCGCUGCCGCCGCGUUCGGCAUUUCUGCGCUAGGGUUCGAACCGAAUCUGGGUCGGCUUCUCUAUCCGCGUCUCCCAUGAAAGUCAUCUGUUGCGUACGCUACUGCAAAAUCAUUUGAUACUCCAUGGCUCUGCUGUUGGGGGGCAUGGAACUCCAGAAUGAUGACCGGGAAGCUAGACGAAGCAUGUCUCACGGAAGGACAAGCAGCACUGGUUCCUCAUUAAGACGACGGUCGUUGAAUUUGUCAAGUGUGCUUCCCAAUCAGCUGGAUGAUGACAUUGACAGUGAGAGGGUUUCAGAGGCUGGCGAUAUUGGGGAUCGGGCUCUUAGCAGUAAGAGGUACAGUGAAAGUGGCAGUAUGCGUUUAUCUGCAGAUCAUGCAAUAGAGAAUGGAAUAGUUUUUCCAACUCAAGAGGACACCCUGCUGCAUCCGAUUGGUUUCUGGUCUCGCGAUCCAUCGACUUUGAAUUCUGUCUCCCCUGUAUCGCUCGUGGUGGAAGAGAUCAUAUCUCCUCUAUCAACUGAUGGAAUCUUGAGACCCGUCGACGAAAAAAAGGAUGAAGAGAGAGUGUUGCCUCGGUCAUUGGAGUAUAUAUCCUGUCUUGUUCAUCUUGCUGUUUUUGGGAUUCUAGGGGUCUUAACAAGGUAUUUACUUCAAAAGUUAUUUGGCCCUGCAGUUGCUGGAGUGACAAGCGACACAACUAUAUUAUACCUUGAUCUUCCUUCAAACAUGGUUGGUUCUUUUUUGAUGGGUUGGUUUGGUGUUGUAUUCAAGCAAGAUAUAUCUGAAGUCUCUGAUUUUCUAGCAAUUGGAUUGUCAACUGGUUAUUUGGGAAGCGUUACGACUUUUAGUGGUUGGAAUCAGAAGAUGCUUGACCUUAGUGUACAUGGCAAGUGGCUGUUUUCAGUCCUGGGAUUUCUCAUUGGAUUAUUUCUUGCAGCCUAUUCCAUUGAAUUCGGGGUUGAGACAGCGAAGGGCUUCCGGUGGUUAAUGGAAAAGCGCCCUGCGAAUUCUAGCAAUGGCAUAUCUGCAAAAAGCUGGACACUAAACAGCCGUGAGCGUCACUUGUCUAUCAUCUUGGUGAUGGCACUGUUGUUGGGGUCAUUAUGGGCUCUUAGUGCGACAAUGCUGAAACAUGAGUUUGGAAAUGGAGGCAGUGAAGCUCAACUGUGGUUGGGUUGUGCCGUCGGGCCUGUAGGUGUUUGGAUCCGGUGGUUCCUAGCACGACUUAAUGGACGUGGGCUAGGAAAGAGUGGUCUUUUGAAAUGGGUUCCAUUUGGGACUCUGAUUGCCAAUGUCUCUGCAGCUUGCGUCAUGGCAGCUCUCUCUACCACGAAGAAAGCAGUGAGUACCAAGACUUGUGACACAGUUGCUACGGGCAUCCAAUUUGGACUUCUAGGCUGUCUGAGUACUGUGUCGACGUUCAUGGCCGAGUUCAAUGCGAUGAGACGAAGCAAACACCCCUGGCAAGCUUAUGCAUAUGCGAUUGCUACAAUAGCCAUCUCAUUCGGCUCGGGAAUCCUGAUAUACAAUCUCCCUGUUUGGAUAAAAGGAUAUGAGUAAGCAUGUCGAGAUGGCCUCCUCCUACUUUACUUCAGACGACGCUUGAGGAACUCAAGAGGAGAACAGACCUAUGCACAGAGAGGACAAGAGAGCUCGACCGAGUUACACUGCCUAAGAGCUUUUCCAUGGUGCUUUGAGGCAGGCUCCACUAUGUACAUGCAAGUACGCAUUUACCCACCAUGAUCGAGUUUUGACCCCGCAUAUGUUUGAGCAGAUAGCAAAUUACAAGCGAAACCGAGGAGUGUUACUUCUCACCUGUGAUAUGUAUCGGAAGACUUUAGCCUGUGUUCCAAAAGAAAAAGCUUAAUGCGGAUGUGAUGAUCGAACUCCAUUUCUUCACGCUUCUAUGGCAGCAAGAAGAAAAGCCCGUACUGACUAAUAUCCACGCGGAUUAUGGGUCGAAUUAGAACAAUUCGGAGGUGCAGAAAUCCCACCUUCAAUUGCUGCUCGGAUCUGGUAAAAGAGCUACCUCGCGGCUUUAUAAGAUAGCUGGAAAAUCCUGGCAUGGUGAAAAUUUCGAUGACAGAGCAGUGAGAUGCCCACCGGAAUUGAGUGAAUGAUAACGAGACACUUCGGGUUUUCAUGUCUACAGACAUUUGAUGAAAGAGAUUCAUCAUACUGGCAUUCCAAAACUGUCUAAUUCAUAAGAAGUUCUUAGGAUUGUAAAUUAGAGUACACAAAGAGCGUUUCAAUGUGCAAUCACUCUGUUGUGAAUUGAUGAGCUCUACAUCAUGUCAGCGAUGCAAUCGAUGAGAAUGAUAUUUCCAUCUCUAUAGGACCGAUGGCUCUCGUUGAAGGGACGUUCCUUUCCAUUAAUCAAGGACUAUGUUAUACGAGGGUUUGACAAA